GAGAAUUUGGGUAUAAAAGGGCAGAUCAAUUCCCCCAAAGCGAAGGUUAUUGUGAAGGUAUUUUUCUUUUUCUUGAAGUGAGAAUUUCCCGGCGAAAUGGCUAAGACGGCGUCAUUCAUUUUAUGUACCUUUCUUGUACUAGGAGCCCUAACUCUCAUCCAGGCAAAGAAGUCGAAGGAGAAUCUGAAAGAAGUGACUCACAAAGUUUAUUUCGAUGUGGAAAUUGACGGAAAAGCUGCUGGUCGUAUUGAAAUGGGUCUCUUUGGGAAGGCUGUUCCUAAAACCGCUGAAAAUUUCCGAGCAUUAUGCACCGGUGAGAAGGGUGUUGGGCAGAGUGGAAAACCUCUACACUACAAGGGUAGUGCAUUCCACAGGAUUAUUCCCAGCUUCAUGAUUCAAGGAGGAGACUUUACCCUCGGCGAUGGAAGAGGUGGAGAAUCAAUCUAUGGAGAGAAGUUCGCUGACGAGAAUUUCAAGCUGAAGCAUACUGGACCAGGCCUCCUAUCUAUGGCAAACGCUGGUCCAGACACCAAUGGUUCACAAUUUUUCAUCACAACAGUGACAACUAGCUGGUUGGAUGGUAGACACGUAGUAUUUGGAAAGGUGCUGUCAGGAAUGGACGUGGUUUAUAAAAUCGAAGCUGAGGGAAGGCAGAACGGAACACCUAAGAGCAAAGUUGUGAUUGCCGACAGCGGCGAGCUCCCUCUAUGAUUUAAUCGCCAACAGGUCAUCUUUUUUUUUUUUUUUUCCUUAAUCUUCUUCUUUUCUUCUUUCUAUCUAAGAGCAAAGGAUUAGACAUAGUAUGCCCCCAUUAUCAUCCACUCGCUUUUCUUUGAUGUUCUGUUUAUGGUAAAAUUGGUGGUGGUGCACAACGGACCUCUUUUUUAUAGCGGUGGUUUUUGUUUU